UUCUCAGAGAUUACUGGUUGUUACCUAGUCUGUCAGUACAACGCUUGCGCAGUAGCGGUAGCCGGGAAUGUUCAGAAUGAGUUGGAUUUAGAGGGUAGGCAAAAUGGCGUCAACAGAUUAUAGUGCCUACGCUCAAACUGGGGCUCAACAGAGCGCUUAUGGAGCCUAUGCAGCAGCACAGCCAGCACAAGGAUAUGCACAGACUGCUCAGGCUUACACACAACAGAGCUAUGGAACAUAUGGCCAGCCUACGGAUGUAGCAUAUACACAAGCACAGACUCCUGCAGCCUACAGCCAAGCAGCAUAUGCAGCCCCAUAUGGACAGCCACCUCCAACUGGAUAUACGGCACCUGCUGUUCCACAGGGUUAUUCACAAGCUGUACAAGGAUAUGGUUCUAGUGCUUAUGAUACGACCACAGCCACUACAACAACCACUCCAAGCCAGGCUUCCUAUGCAGCGCAACCUAGUUAUGGCAGCCAACCAGCAUACCCUGCUUAUGGACAACAGCCUGCAGCAGCUGCAGUGGCUGCUGCAUCCGUAGCUACUCCUGCAAGGAUCCUGGAUGCCAGCAAACCACCAGAGACAAGCCAGCCACAGUCAAGUACUACUGGCUACAGUCAACCAAAUUUAGGUUAUAACUAUCCUCAGGUACCAGGCAGUUACCCGGUGCAGCCUACCAGUGCUCCAACUUCUUAUCCUCCUACUAGUUAUGGUACCAGCACCGCUCAGCCUAGUUAUGAUCAAAGUACCUACACGCAACAGGGGAGCUAUGGCCAAACAGCCGGUUAUGGACAGCAGAGUAGUUACGGACAGCAACCAAAUUAUAGCCAACCACCACCUACUACCUACCCUCCUCAGACACCAUCCUAUAGUCAACCACCACCUAGUCAGUAUGGGCAGCCAAGUAGCAGCAGCAGCUAUGGGCAGCCAAGUAGUAGUGGUGGAUAUGGGCAGCAGAGUACUGGCAGCAGCUAUGGGCAACAAAGCAGCACUACCAGUGGCUAUGGACAGCCAAGUACCAGUGGCUAUGGACAGCCAAGUAGUGGUAGUGGGUAUGGACCACAGAGUAGUGGCAGUAGCUAUGGACAACCAAGCAGCAGUGGAAGUGGUUAUGGCCAGCCAAGUAGUGGAGGCUAUGGACAGCCAAGUAGUGCCACCUAUGGUCCCCCUAGUGCUGGUGGCACAUAUGGUCCCCCUAGUGCUGGUGGCACAUAUGGGCCCCCUAGUGCCAGUGGUACUUAUGGUCCACCAAGCGCUAGCAGCACCUAUGGCCCCCCCAGUGCUGGUGGCUCGUAUGGGCCCCCCAGUGCCAGUGGUACUUAUGGUCCGCCAAAUGCUAGCAGCACAUAUGGGCCCCCUAGUGCCAGUGGCACCUUUGGACCUCCCACUACUGGCGGCACCUAUGGUCCGCCAAGUACUGGUGGAUUUGGGCCACCUAGUAGUGGUGGAGGAUACGGACCACCCAGUGGAGGUGGUGGCUAUGGUCCCCCUAGUGGUGGUGGUAGUAGUUAUGGCCCGCCUAAUAGAAGUGGUGGUGGCUUUGGGCAGCCUGGUAGUGGCAGCAGCUUUGGACAGCAGAAUGAAUUUAACCAGCCCAGUAAAUUCAGUAACUACAGGCAGGAUCAUCCAGGUAACAUGAACAUGUAUGGGCAGGAUCAUGGUGGCUACUCUGGUCCAAAUGAAAACAGAAUGAUGAACCAGGAGCGAGGCAGAAGUAGAGGUAGUUUUGACAGAGAUCGGGAUCGUAGUGGUGGUAUGCGUGGAGGUGGUAUGCGUGGAGGUCGACCACCCAUGGGGUAA